AGAGUUAUAUGCCCCUGCCGACGACAAGCUGACAUCGUUUUAAUUUGUUGACAAACCAGACAACCUUUAACAUAUAUCACAAUGUCUGAAAGAAAAGUUCUUAAUAAAUACUAUCCACCAGAUUUUGAUCCAACCAAAAUCCCUAAAAUGCGGAUGCCUAGGAACCAGACAUUCUGUAUUCGUAUAAUGGCACCGUUUAACAUGAGAUGUGACACCUGUGGGGAGUACAUCUACAAAGGCAAGAAAUUCAACUCGAGGAAGGAGAAUGUAGAAGAUGAAUAUUACUUGGGACUUAGAAUUUUCCGAUUCUACAUCAAGUGUCCAAGAUGUGUUGCGGAAAUCGCAUUCAAGACUGAUCUACACAACACUGACUAUGCACUCGAGGCAGGAGCAACUCGACUCUUUGAAGCGGAGAAGCUGGCAAAGAAAAUGGCUGAAGCAGAACAGAAGGAGAAAGAAGCAGAAGAGCUGAAUCCGAUGACGGUGUUGGAGAACCGCACUAAAGCGAGCCGUAACGAGAUGGACCAGAUUGACUCGCUGGAGGAGCUGCGAGAGAUGAACUCGCGCUACUCCAAGAUGAGCCACGACCAGCUGCUCAAGUACCACAAGACCUACGAGAUGGAGCUCAAGAAGCUGCAGGAUGAGGAGGAAGACAGGAUGGUCAAAUCAAUUUUUGGUGAAAAAACUGGUGUGACUGUGAAGCGGCUGGCUGAUGAUGACAGUGAUGAGGAGAUGAAGCCACCGGUGAAGAAAGUCCACGUCUCAGACAAACCCACUGAUAUUCUUGCUGACGAUUCUAAGUUACAGGAGCCAAAGAAGAAGGAGUCGUGGCAGAAGAGUGUGGGAAUAUUCUCCAGUCAGAAGAAACACCUCAGUGGACUGGUGAAGAAGAAGUCGGCAACCAUCUCCAACAAUAAAACAUCUUCCGAGCAGCCGAAAACCAGCAAUAGUCGCCCAGCUGUGUCUACUAAAACAGAAGUUCCCAUUGUGAACAGUGUCCCCACUCCCAUUGUGAACAGUGUUCCUGCUCAGAGUACUACCUCAGAGAAAGUAUCAAGUUUGACCCUGUUAGGAAACUAUUCAGAUAGUGACAGUGGCCAGGAUACAGAAUGAAUAAAGCUGUAAUGAAACCCUAUGGUGACACUUCUAACAAUACACACUCUGUGAAUGCAGCGAUGAAACUGUACAAUGACAGUGGCCAGGAUACAGAAUGAAUAAAGCUGUAAUGAAACCCUAUGGUGACAGUUUUUACAAGAUGGAACUGUACAAAGACAAUGGUCGGCAAGUCAUUAAACUACACAAUGUAGUCAUCAGGAUACUGAGUUACUAAACUCUUCACCAUGAGGAAAACCAAGGCGAACUAAAGAUCACUUUUCUAAAAUGGUGCUAGGCGAGCAAUGAUAUAAAAUUUCUAAUAAAAUAUAUGAAAUGUUAUUGCAUGGUGAUCAAUUUGCAGCUGUCGUAAACCUUGCCAAGCGAAUAUGGAGGGAAGUGUAAGUGUGCAAUCGCCUUUCCUGGCAAAGACCAAUUAGGAUACCAAGUUACUAAAUUGUAGGCUACAGUGAGCAAUCAGGAUACUAAGUCAUUAAACUACUGUGAGAGUGGUCAUGAUACUGAGUUAUUAAAUUAGUGACAUUACAGUGACAUUUGACAGGAUACUCGAUUGUGAAACUAGACGCAGUGGUCCGGAUACUGUUGGUAAACUGUACAGUGACAGUGGUCAGGAGUUAGGUCUGUUAAGAACUGUAUGCAACAGUGAUUAGGAUACCAAGGGCAUGUACAUUUUUUUUCAACUGAACCUAACCGCUAACCAAUAGCAUUCCAUUCCCCCCUAUUUCAGUAGACAGGUCUGAACUUGACCUAACCAAUAGCAUCCCCCCUAUUUCAGUAGACCGGUCUGAACUUGAUCUAACCAAUAGCAUCCCCCAUAUUUCAAUAGACUGGUCUGAAGAUCCCAGGGGAAAGAAGGAAUUUGUUGCCACAUGAUAGAACAGAGUACAGGACUCAUUAGAAGAUUUUAGCCAUUUCAUUGGCUGUUGGGAUGUUCAGACCAGUCUAUUAACAUAGGGGGAAAUGCCAUUGGUUAUUGGUCAGCUUAACUUUUUUCACUCGGGAACAUCCAGCCAAUCAAGUUAUUGCAUUUUCCGCAACUUAAAAAAACAAACCAAAUUAUUUAUAUUAAUUUGUUAAACCUUGUAUUUUUUAGACACUUUGAAGUAGGGAAGUGAUGUGCACCACCCCUGCGCUUGAAUACUGAAUUAUGAAAUUACAGUAACGGUGAUCCAGAUAGUGAGUUAUGUUGUAAAAGUUUUCUGCUUAAGGUGGAAGAUGUGUCCCAAGUUCCCCUCUUCCCUAAUCCCUCCAUGAAUACCAAGUAUUGUCAUCUGGUUAUUAAUCUGUACAGUGCUCAGCAAAUGUGAUUAAUAUGUAAAUAUGUAAAGUAUAAAUGUAUAUCAGUAAACUGCAUAUAUCACAAUAAAUAAAUAGACAUUUUA